AUGACUGUUGCCAAUGCAAAAUCUGGGACUGCCAUGCAGCAAAUAUUGGACAAUUUGAAAGAAUUGCCAGCGGGGACAGGAGCCAAAGAUAUUGACCUGAUCUUUCUCCGCGGUGUCAUUGAGAGCCCAAUUGUGCGAUCUCUGGCAAAGGCACACGAGCGUCUUGAGGACAAAAAGUUGGAAGCCGUUCGAGACAACAACAUUCAGCUGGUUUCUGACAUUGUCAGCUCUCUCACCGACCUGUCGGAGAAAAACACUGCCGCAGCCGAACUUGCCAAAAUCCUACAAGAACCACACUUUCAGUCUCUGAUAGAGGCUCAUGACAAAGUCGCUUCUAAGUGCUACGAAAUGCCUGCUGCUUCAGUCAACCAUGAGACCACUACCACUUCAUUCAUGCCAGCCGACGCAUUCAGGAUCAUUGGCAUCCAAAAGAAAGCCGGAGAGCCUUUGGGAGUAACGUUCCGAGUGGAGAAUGGAGAUUUGGUGAUCGCCCGCAUUCUGCACGGCAGCUCCAUCGACCGGCAGGGAAUGCUUCACACCGGUGACAUCAUCCGUGAGGUGAACAGCCGCGAGGUCAGCUGUGACCCGCACGAGCUGCAGGAGCUGCUGAAGGAGAGCAGCGGCAGCCUCACGCUCAAAGUGGUGCCCAGUUACCGGGACGCACCGGCCCCACCGCAAGUUUUCCUGAAGCCUCACUUUAAUUACAACCCAGCCACAGACAACCUGAUCCCCUGUAAAGAGGCAGGACUUGCUUUUUCCAAAGGAGAAAUCCUCCAUGUCGUCAACAGAGAAGAUGCAAACUGGUGGCAGGCUCGCAAAGUUGUUGGUGAAGGCACGGGUCUAAUCCCGAGCCAGUUCUUGGAGGAAAAGAGGAAGGCUUUUGUGAGACGAGACUGGGACACAUCUGGCAAUGGUCUGCUCUGUGGAAUGAGAAUGUCCAAGAGAAAGAAGAAAAAGAUAAUGUACCUUACUUCAAAAAAUGCUGAAUUUGACCGAUACGAGCUGCAGGUCUACGAGGAGGUGACCAGGAUGCCGCCGUUCCAGAGAAAAACGUUGGUCCUGAUCGGGGCUCAGGGCGUGGGGAGGCGGAGCUUGAAGAACCGGCUGGUGGUCAUGAACCCUCUGCGCUACGGAACCACGGUGCCCUUUACGUGUCGGUCGGCGCGGGAGGAGGAGCGCGACGGACAGAACUACUGCUUUGUGACGCGGGAGCAGAUGGAGCAGGACAUCCGGGACAGCCGCUAUCUGGAGCAUGGCGAGUACGACGGAAACCUCUACGGCACCAAGAUCGACUCUAUCCACGAGGUGGUGCAGGCCGGCCGCACCUGCAUCCUGGACGUCAAUCCUCAGGCUUUAAAAGUAUUGAAGACUGCCGAGUUCAUGCCAUUUGUAGUAUUCAUCGCGGCCCCUGAGCUGGACACACUGAGAGCUAUGCACAAAGCUGUGGUCGACGCCGGACUCACGACCAAGUUACUCACAGAAAGUGAUCUCAAGAAGACUGUAGAUGAAAGUGCCAGGAUCCGCCGCGCGUACAGCCACUAUUUUGACCUAACCAUCGUCAAUGACAAUUUGGACAAAGCUUUUGACAAGCUGCAGGACACGGUGGAGCGGUUGUUCGAAGAGCCACAGUGGGUUCCGGUCAGCUGGGUCUACUAA